AUGAGGUUCGUCGACUUCGCAAUCGACCUUGCGGCAGUGCUCAAUGCCUCUCGAGGUGUCGCCGCUAAGCAUGUCGCGCUCCGAGGUCGCCAGAUCGAUACCUACAGUCGAACUUCGAGCGUUGCCGCGGCAUUGAGGAAGCGAAAUGCUCAAAGGAGCCCACCGACGGGGGAGAAAGUACAUAAUGCUACGGUGGCGGGCGAUGAGGUUGUAUACGAGCAAGCUGCACCGGCAGCACGAGAGACGAAGCCUAUAAUCGAGACAUCGAAACAAAAUGUCCCGCCUGAAGUGACGAGAACUGAAAGAGCACCCUUCAAUAGCCCGAUACCCAAUUUCAGACCGAGCCCACAACAGCAAGCUACAACGGAACCAGCGAAAGAGGAUGACCUUGAUCUACCGCCUGGGAUCGACGUUAAUAUCUUCCAUACCGCGAGAGGCUCCAAGGUCCUCGACUCUCUACGAAAGCAAGGCCGGCCCGGAGCACCUCCUGCACGCCCCGGAGUUGGGGGUCCAGUGAAGCCACAUCCCAUGCGAGACUGGCCUCCGCGCCCACCACCCCUCGAAGAGAGCUAUGAAGAGAAGCCAGCAAAACCUCAAGAGCCAGUGUUGAAGCCAGUGGAACCCGUAGAGCCUGUAGAGCCAGCUGAGAAGGAGCCCCUGAUUGAGAAGUUUGUGCCGAAGAAACAGUUGGAGGAGAAGCCCGUCGAGCAGAAACCGGUGGAGGAAAGCUCCGUGCCUGAACCAGAAAAGACCACUCCGUCAGCCCCUACAGCAGAAAGAAAGAUCGACGAGGAUGUCAUUCAAGCUGCCAGAGAGAUUGCUGGGGAGACAACAACGCCCUCAGAGACACCCUAUGCCUUACGGGAAUCCAAGGUCCCCUCAUCUCGUAUCAGCCGAAUCUGGAACUAUAGUGGUCUUGCAGCAGGUAUGUUGGGAGGCGCCAUGACCGAAGGCUUCAGUCGAGCCUUCGGCGGUGGUGGCGAGGGAUCUGUCCUUCUGAGCGAGAAGAACAUGGAGCGUCUGGUUGCAAAGCUCUCACGCAUGCGUGGUGCUGCUUUGAAGCUUGGCCAGAUGAUGAGUUUUCAGGACACCAAGAUGCUACCUGCCCCCAUCCAGCAGGUGCUCCAGCGUGUCCAGGAUCGCGCUGAUUACAUGCCUGCCUGGCAGCGUGAUCGCGUGUUAGUAGCAAACCUCGGUCCUGAGUGGAGAGACCUCUUCAGCGAUUUUGAGGAGAAGCCUAUCGCUGCUGCUUCUAUCGGACAGGUUCACAAGGCCACGUUAAAGAAUGGCAAGCGAGUCGCUGUCAAGAUCCAAUUCCCUGGUGUCGCUGACUCAAUCAACUCGGACCUCGACAACCUGAGUAUUCUCCUCACAGCUACCAAGCUACUCCCCAAGGGCCUAUACCUCAACAAAACCAUCGACAAUGCGCGAUUGGAGCUUGGUUGGGAAUGUGACUAUGAGCGAGAGCUUCAGUGCGCUCAACGCUACAAGGAGCUUCUCGGUUCAAGCGAGAAGGACGUUUUUAUGGUGCCAAAUGUUUAUCCCGAGGCAUCAGGCAAGCAAGUACUGACCAUGGACUUCAUGGAUGGUAUCGGCGUGACUCGCAUCACCUCUUUCACCCAGGAGCAACGCGACUGGAUCGGCACCCAGAUUCUGCGUCUCUGUCUCCGUGAGAUCACAGAGUUUCGAUUUAUGCAGACAGAUCCAAACUGGACAAACUUUCUCUACAACGCGGAUGUCAACAAGCUCGAGCUACUCGACUUUGGCGCGUCUCGCGAAUAUCCUGAUGAGUUCGUCACACAAUAUGUGCAGCUUCUCGCUGCGGCCUCUCGAUCCGACAAGGCCGCUGUCAAGGAGUUGUCAAAGAGCUUGGGCUACCUGACAGGCCAUGAGAGUCGCACCAUGGUUGAAGCACACACAAAGUCUGUUCUUACACUUGCGGAGCCUUUUCUUGCCAACGCACCCGAUAUUUAUGACUUCAAAGACCAGACAAUCACCGAGCGUGUCAAGGCUCUCAUCCCUGUCAUGCUCCACGAGCGACUGGCACCUCCACCAGAAGAGACAUACAGUCUGCACCGAAAGCUCAGCGGUGCGUUCCUCUUGUGUGCAAAACUGGGUAGCAAGGUCCCUUGCAAGUCCAUGUUUGAGGAUGCGCUUGCCAAGGGGGGAUAUAGUAGGUGA